AUAUUUGGGUUACAUAAAUCGGCAACAUUUAAAAGGAAAGAAAAACAACACAGAAUGAGCAACAGAAGAUUUAAUGAAUUUCGGGAUUUUGGGCUCAUAUACAGGAGAUUCCUGAUUCAAGACAGUUGACAAAAGGUGCAGGAUGACUGAGAGUCACCCAAAAUGGACAUGUGAUUACUGCACUUAUCACAACUGGUACAGCUCUAUCAAAUGCACCUUGUGUCAUGCACCAAAACCUGUACAACUCAUCACAUCACCGACACAGGAUAGUUCCUCCACAUCCCUUGUCGAGGAGCAGAGUGAUAGUAGCCCUAGACGCCUUAUCCUGCCAGAAUCUGAUAAUAGUUCCCCUAAGUGGCCAUGCAAGGCAUGUACUUAUUUGAAUUGGCCGCAGGCAGCCAAAUGUGCUCUUUGUCACACUGCAAAGGGGACUGGACCACCUGGAGAUAACAGCAAAAGUCGUGGUCAGCCACGUCUCAAGACUGUUCGCCCCACGGUGGGUCAGCAGAACGUCAACAAUGACCGCAAUCGAACUAUAUGCAAUAGUACAAAAAAGUGGAUAUGCUCUACGUGUACUUAUGAGAACUGGCCCAAAGCAAAGCACUGUGUUUUAUGUAGCUGUGCACGCCAAAAGCAGAGCCCUGACUCAAGUGUUGGAGCGGGAAGCACUUUGAUUGAGGAGAAUCUGAGGAAUGCUGGUGCAUCAAGUCGUACAUCUCCCACCAGUUCACCACCUCGUAGUCCAGGUCCAACUAUCUCUAAUGUCAAAGUGCCUGUCAUUGGGGCCACCUCAACACCCGGUCAUGGUACCAUCAAUGUUGAUCAAGAGAAACGCAUCAAGCUUAUCCGUAGGAGAUUGAGAAAGUCUGAUUGGCUGUUCCUAAAUGCUUGUAAUGGUGUAGUGGAUGAUGACCAUCAAGCAGUAGAAACAUAUUUAACAUCAGGUGGAAAUCCAACCAGAACACUUACUGCUGAUGAGGUUCUUUUACUCAACCGAUCUGGUGUCUUUGAUGUUGGUCUUACCCUUGCCCAUCUUGCUCUGCGUUUCAGGAGAGAAGAUCUGCUGGCUGUUCUGCUUUCUACAGAUAUUAGUAGUGCCCAUGCUGUCAAGCGACCACCAUCUCAAGUUUGCCCUGAACUUGCCGCUGACAUCCGGAGAGAGGUUGCAAAGUCGAUACGACAGAGAAAAGGAGACUUUCCUUGCUAUUUUGUUACAGAUAUUAUAACUUUUAUUCUACCUGGAGAAAUCAACUACCUCCCACUAAUGGUGCGCAAUCAACUAAUGGAUGAACUGCUUGAUCAAGAUGCACAGAAAGAGCUAGAACAGGAAUCUCCCAUUAUCAAUUGGAGUAUGGAAGUUGCAGACUCCAUGGGAAGCCGUCUUUAUGCACUAUGGAAUAGGACUGCUGGUGACUGCCUACUGGACUCAGUACUCCAAGCUACCUGGGGUGUCUUUGAUACAGACUCUGUGCUUAGAAGGGCAUUGGGGGAUAGUCUAAAUGAGGGAGCACAUAGGUUCUACAGUCGUUGGAAGGCGUAUGAAGCCAUGCAUGUUGAGAGCAUGCAUUUCAGCUUAGAUGAUGACCAGUGGUUGAAUGAUUGGUCACUUAUGCUUAGUCUUGCCGGUCAACCAGGAGCUGCCUUGGAACAGACCCAUAUCUUUGCUCUGGCCCAUGUUCUACGUCGACCAAUCAUUGUCUAUGGAGUCAAGUUUAUUAAGAGCUUCCGUGGAGAGAAUCUUGGCUUUGCACGCUUCCAAGGUGUGUACUUGCCAUUGUUAUGGGAGCCUAGUUUCUGUUGUAAGUCACCCAUUGCCCUAGCUUAUACCAGGGGUCAUUUCUCAGCCCUCGUAGCCCAGGAGUCUGGAUCAGAUGAUAACCGUGGUGCUGGCGCCAAUCUGGACAGCAGUGAUGAUAGCCAGACUAUUUACCUCCCCCUCACUGACAGUGAUGGCAAGCUUCUGCCCAUUCAUUUCAUUACUCCUCUGGAGGUUGGAACCGAGGAGCGCCUGUUGAAUGAAUGGCUGGAUUGCUGCUACACAGCUGGUGGUACCUUUGUGGCACAACAGGUUCACCCUCGGCACCGCCCUGUCAUCAUUGGCCAGAUGAUAGAGGAAUGGCUUCAACGCUACCGCAGGAUCGCACAACAAAUAUGAUAGAACUCGUCUCUAUCAGAAGUAGAAGAAGCUCUUCACUGCCUAGAAGAAUAGUGUGAGGCUGUUUCCACAAACCUGUUAGUAAUAUCAACCUUGACAAAAGAGUGAUGAGGCAUUUUCACAAGCUACAUUGCUAGACGGGAUUUAUGGUAUUCUCAUCCGUUUUACAGGUACUCGACUGUAGUCAUUCAUCAGGUACAAGAUUGAACUUCCAGAUCUUGGUGAGGGUUCCAAUUGAAAUACUAUGUAUUCUAGAAAGAAAGUUCUCGCUAAAUAGAAGCAGACCUGUGGACUGUAUCUAGAAAAUUUAUUUUCAGAAAAUAGACUGGGUAGAUUAUAUAAUGACAUCCUAUUUUUGGAAUUGGUUUGCUGGUAUGUUGCGGGAUGAUGGAUCACAACAUUUUUCUUGUGGUUUGCCCAGUCCCAUUCAUAAAGGAAAAAUGAUUGUCUCAAGUUUGAUGAUUAGCAAAGCUUUGCAGUGCUGUUUCCAUUGUCUCAAAAUGGUGUUUGAUCUAGCUAGGAUGGAAGGUGCAUGUACAUGUAUCUGGGAGUAGGUUGUUCUUAGGAAAAGUGAAGGUAUCGACAGUGGUGAUUGAUCAAGCCAAUGGCCUUGAAUUAUAAUUUAUGAUCAGAUAUGGAAAAAUUGUAAAAAAACAACAACUCUUUUUACCAAUGAAAUUGACACUUGUUAUGUUGGUUUGAAUGACAUUAGAAUUUAGGGAAAAAAUUGAUUAUUUUUAUUUUGAUUGUUCAAGAAAUUUGGAAAAUAUGUUUUAGAGAUUAUGUGAGGAGGACCGGAGUCUUAUUUUUCUACUGUAGUUCUUACUUGUUAUGGAUGUUCUUAAUUGACUACCCAUUUCCUCUUUGGAUGUAAAUUGAUUCAGAGUUAAAAGGUCUUAAGAGCAAACAUAUGUCAACAAUAAUUCCUAGGAAGAAAUAGAAAAAGUACAGAUCUAUGCUGAAUAUAUUUUGUACAAUUAGUAUGUUUGAAGAGUAGGAAGCCAGCGAUGAAACUGCUGUGAAUUAGAAUUGAUUUCAUAAUCUGAUAUAUGAAGGGAUGUCUAUAUUAGGGAAUUUUUCAUUUGAACAGUUACCAUGUAGACCCCUCUACCACUUUAUAUGGAAAUUUUCUGGACUGUUUCAUUAACCAUUGAUCUUAUUUAUACAAAGACUAUUUAUAUACAGGUGAACAUAUUUUGAUAUUCAACAGAUUUUCUCAGAAGUAAUGUGAAGUAGUGUGUUGUAAUUAUUUAAGUAAGGGAGAAUGAUGUGACUUAUUAAAACUAUUUUGCAUUGAGAGGCAUUUGCAUGCUGCAUGUUGAGUACAUCCCUGCAUGCUGUUUUACAAUUUAUGAGGUAAAUGUUGCUGAAUUACAUAUUAUUGCUGUCAAAUGUAUGGCUUUGUUGUGAUCUAGAGACAAGACUGCUUAAUUGCAUGAACAUACAAGCAAUUACCAAUGGGUUAAAGUGAUGAAAUAAUAUUGUUUAAGUAGAAAAAUUUGCAUCUUAUGAAAUGAGUGGUGUACAUAAUCUUUUCCUAAUUAAUUAUCAACAAUACCUGAAAUUUAAAGACAAAAUGUCAUUAACUAUCUAAAAUAAAGCAUCAAAUAAUCAAGGUGUGUCCUUUCCUGUGCCAGUGUGAGUGUCCAGGGGCAUAUAUGAAGCUGCUGAGGCAGCAUUGUGUGACAAUUUCAGAAUUCUUAAUGGCUCGGUGGUACUCUAUCGAGCCAGGAGUUUCUAUCAUAAAUAUUGUGAUAUAUGCAUAAUUUGUGAAGCUUGAGUGAUU